UGAACACACUCCAUCUCGUACGAUUUCUUACCCAUUUAGAUUUGGAGCGUCGAAUGCUUACAAAUGAUGCAAACCUCCAAAGCCAGGCACGAUGCAAUUACUUUGCCAAAGAAACGAUGUGGUACUUGCAUAGGGCGCAAAAUCAGUUGCGACCGCCGUUUUCCACGCUGCUCUAGUUGCGUUCGUUCAAACCGAGUCUGCACGGGAUACGGACUUCGUCUAUCCUGGCCUAGGAAAGUCGAUGGCAAACGAAUCAUCGUUGGCAAAGCCAGGCCCCCUUCCAAACGGACACGGCACACAGAUCCUUACUCGGGCCAAUUCCACAUGAUUAAUGCGACUUUUUGGGACAUAGAAUUGCACCAAAACCGCAUUUCAACAGGUGAUAGCUAUAUCCCGCCUUUACGCCCCUCUUUACCGUGGUCCACGUCUGGAUUAUCCGCAACUGAGCAGGAUCUUUUCUAUUAUUUUCAGAAUCAAAUGGCAUCCUGGAUAUUGAGCUUCAGCAACAAACCUCUCGGGCCUACUCUGCUCCGCCUUGCUGCUUCAGGUCAAUCAUUUGCUGCUGUUGCGUUAAAGCGUUCGUUAGUAGCUCUUGCUUCCCAGUUUCGGUAUGGGCCUGGAAUGCGGGGGGAGGAGCUAAAGCUAUCUGCUAUUCGUGCCCUUGCUGCUUCAGCCUCUCAGGGAAUCGAAUCGCAGAAUGCCAUUCAGCAUGUUGCAGCAGUAAUGGUUCUUUGUUUGUUCGAGAGUCAGCAAAGCUCGACAGCUUCUGAUCAGUGGCUCUGUUAUCUCCGGGCUGCAGGAAAGGUGAUUGAAAGCGUCACACUCAAAAGCUUUGGUAGGGUGACAGACGGCCCAAUCUUGCUGGAGUGGGUUUACUACCACGAAGUGCUGGCUCGAUUCAGCAUACGCCACUGGCGACAGCAUCACCCCGGAGUAUCAAGCUGCCAAUAUGGUACAGACUCGCCAUCUUAUUUAGCCGAGGAGAGAGCGCGGUGGAACUCUGCCGCUACAAUUAUCCAGUGGCAGGGAUCCACUGUGCACCAGACAGUAUUCGCACCUCUUCGUCUUUUGUCUAGAGUAGUAUCCGAGAUCUUACCAUCUGGAGAUCCCAAUGCCCGCAAAGAAGCAUACAAGACCAAGGUCGCGCGUCUCAAACAAGAGAUUAGGAAUCUCGAAAUACCAACGCCGGCAGACCUAGCCAUACAAUGUGUCGCUGCUAGGGCCGAGGUUUUCCGGAUUACGACGCUUGUUUAUCUAAGCCGCUCCACCGAUCAAGACCUAUUACUUCCUUCAGAGUUAGAGCUGCUGGUCGACAAAGGACUUUCCCUGAUGAAGAACGUGGGCUGUUGCGAGAGACCGCUACCUCUACUCAUCCUCGGCUGCGAAGCGCGCACAGACAUUGAGAGGCUUCGCGUUUUGGAUCUUAUACCCGCCCCAGAAAGUAGGACUCCCUGGCGAAAGCAUCACUUCAUGACAACCUUACUGCCAGCCUUGUGGAUACAGAACGACCUUGAUUUUGAAAGCAAUGUCAAGCUUGACUACACGGAGAAGCUUUCCGCUGUCUUCAACGCUAGCGAGUUUCCUCCUCAAUUUCAUUGAUUGAACCAGCGGUGAUAAUAGUUGACGGUCUUCAUGGAUGAGUUACAACAAGGAUUCAAGGUUGGUGUGGAACGAAGCAUAGAAUCAGUUAUUACUUGACAUUUAAUCUAGACUUGAGCACUAUACAGCACUGCCGCUUAUGUAGAGCAAUUCAUGUGUGCCCGUAUCGCUGACCUGUCAAUCAGGAGCAUGAACA